AUGUCAAAUUCAAAUUGUAACGUACAAAAGAGGUUGUUACAAAGUGACGUCUAAAAAAAAUAUUAAUUUUCCUCUUGUGCGCAUUCAAAUAAAGAACUUAUACGAUGAAUUCAUCAUUUACCGAGCACAUCCUCGAGAGAGCAAGACAACGCCAGAAAAAACUCGAAGAACUAAAUUCGACCGAAAACAUACCCUCACGUAAGAAGUCAGAUAUUAUCACAUCUCCUAAGUGCAAUACAUCCACAGAAAACGACAGCACAAAUAAUGAAGAAGGUAUGAUUUCAUCAUCAACACCUGAUAAAAAAAUUCCUCGCAUGCCGUCCAUUAAAGAGACUCUUGAAACAACUAAAAGUCCAUUAAAAAUAUCAUCUCAUUUGCCUGGUUCACCACAACCUCAGCUUAAAACGCUUAACAUACAAAAAGAAAAUUUUAACAUGGAAAUUAAACUUAUUUCGACAGAUCAUGUUAGGGUUGAGGUGGAAAUUCAGGAUGAUGAGGAUGGUUCUGAUAAGGAGAAUAAUGGAGAGGAUGAUAAUUAUGCAAGUGAAAGUGGAUUGAGAGAACAAGCUAAAUAUAAAUUAAAAAAAUUGGGACGAUUAUAUUCUGCUGAUGAAAAUGUUGGUAUUUCAUCCCCCAUUCAAAAUUCUGAGGCUUACUUUCAUUUACAACAAAAUGAGACAACCCAAGAAAGUUCUAAAGGAGCCAAUAAUUCUAAAUUGAAAAAAGGAUUGAGUAAGUUAGCUGAUUUAGCCCAAAAUAUUCGUGAAUGGGAAGAUGAUGAUAAAGAAAAAAAAUCUGAAAACAGUGUUCCUAAAGUCCAAAAUACUGAAAUAGGUGAGAAGAAAUCUAAGAAAAAGGAAGAGACUAAAUCUGUUAAACAACAAGAAAGAAAUGUGUGUGCAAAAUCAACUGUAACUAGUUACAAUAAACCAAUUAAUUCUCCUUUAAAAAAGACCCCGGAGAAUGGUUCUGCUAAAAAAGUUGUAUGGGAUGAAGGAGUAAUUAAAACUUUGGAAUCACAAGGGUUUACAAGAACAGAAUCAAAUUCUCGUUUAGUUUAUAAUUGUAAUUCACCCAAAAAAUCAACAAAACUAACCCCAAAAUCAGAAAAUAAAAAAAACAUUCCAACAAGCUCAGAAAUUACUUCAACAGUUUCAGAAAAAUCAACUAAAAUAACCCCAAAAUUAGAAACUCGAAAAAACAUUCCAACAAUCUCAGAAAACACUUCAGAAAAAUCAACAAAACGUUCAAUUGAAUCUAAAAUUAAUUCUGGUAUUGAAUCAAAAAAAGCGUUGUUUGAAAAAUCACCAAAAACGCCACCUUUAAAAUCUGAGUCAACUAAAGAUCCAUCUUUGCUUUCAAUUGCUGAUAGAAAAGCUUUAUUUGAAAAGAAUAAAGGUGAAGCUUUAAUUCCAAAAGCUGCGUUUGCCAUGUCAAUACCAAUUCAGAAAGAUAAAAAACCAGUUCAUAAAGGUAAUGUGGCAUCAAAGUUUUUAAAAAAUAUUGAUGGAGGUCAAGAACAGGUUAAGCAAAACGCAUCAGAACAAAAUUGGGUUGUUUUAAAAAAAUCAACCAUAACUAAUAAUGAAUGUGUCCAACAAAAGGAAAAUAUUAUUGAUAAAGGUAACAUUGCUAAAAAAUUUGAAGCUUUAAUUGAAAAUAAAAUGGAAAAAGUUAACACUAUGACAAGUACACAGCAAGAAAUCGAAUUAUUAAGAAAUCGUUUUAAUAAAAACAAAGAUUUAAAUAGCGAUUAUGAACCAAAACAACCUGAUAAAAUAACUAAUUCGUCCAAACGCGAAAAAACACCACCAAAAACAGAAAUUACCCCUAAAACACCCACAAAAACCACCGAAACCGAAGCGAAACUAUCAAGUGAAAAAUCUCGAAGUAGAAGAAAAAGCGAUAGUCCACAAGUUACUUCGGUUUUGGAAUCAGUAAAAAACAUUAAACUUGUUAAACCUAAAGAAGGUCGUUUAUAUCCAACUUUAUCCGAUAUUGAAGCAGCGACUGAAAAUGAAACUGAGUUGCAAUCGUCUUUGGAAAAUAGUAUGAAUGAUAGUUAUGAUAUGUGUGAUAUGGGAAAUACUAGUUUUGGACGGGAAAUUUUGGAAGUUGUUUGUAAAGGACAAUCUGCUCGAAAAAGAUCUUUAGAUCAAGCGAGUACUGAUAGUAACGGUUCUGAUAUUUUGGAUGACCUAGAUGAAUAUUUUCAUGUAAGCAAAUCCGAUUGUAGUAAUGGUCCAACUCCACCAAAAAAAGCAUUUAAUGAUAGUGGUCUUAAACAAUGUAAUUCGUUUCAUUAUAAAAGCUUUACAUCAGAAACAACAUCCCCAGCAAAAAUUUUAACUUCUCCUAAAACUUAUUUAUCACCUCGCGAAUCUUUAAAUUUACCCACUCACGUUGUUGAUGGUGAAAAUGUUAUGCCUUUGAAGUAUACAGUAAGCUUUUAUCGACGUCAACAGAUGGAGAAUAAUUCCUCAGCUAAAAAAGUUUUAUACCAACCAGCAAUUUCAGAGAUUGACGAAAAAUUAAACGAAUCAGAAACACAAGAUAUAGUCGCAGAAAAAAUUCAAUUUCUUUCUGAUGAGAUUAACAAGCAACAAAUGAUCAUCUCUCAAACAAGUCAAGCUUUAAAUCUUUGCAACGCCACCAUGGAAUUUAUGGGUAGCACCGAACAAGUUGAAGCUGAAAAGCUUCUUUUGUUAGCAACCCAUAGACGCCAAGCAGCUCUCCAUGAAGUUCAACGCCUUAAAAUUCAAAAAACUUUGCGUCCUCAAGAUCAACAUGCUCAAAAUUUGCCGCUCGAAAAAGGAUCUUUAACAAUAAAAAACAUAAAAUUGCCGCUAAAACGGGAAUAUGUUCGAGCUUUAGCUGCGGCUGGUGGAAAAGGCCAUCAUGUAAUUUGCUUGGUAAAAUCGGGCGAACAAGUCGUUUCGUCCCAAUUAGUUUCUACAGUAGCAACAUCACCUCAUAAUCCAGAUAAUGAUCUUAUAAUUCCGGGAGUUAUAAAACUUGAUAAUAUCUACAGUGAUUUUGCGGUUACUUUUGAAGUUUAUUGUUUACAAGCGCAAGAAGAAAUUUUACCCCACGAAGUUAAAUAUCAUAUAAAUAAAAAAGCCAGUAAUAAAUUAACCCCAAAGAAAAGUAAACACGAUUCGAGGAUGGUUAUUCCACCGAAAGAAUCACCGGCAGGACCACAAGUGGUUCGUUCUUCAACAUUUGCAUUGAUGGGUUAUGUGGUUUUUUCAAUCCAAACUGUUAACAAAACUCAUUUUUCGUUAAAUAACGCACCAUCGAUGAGUCCAUUAGAAGGACGAAUUGACAUGAAAAUCGAUUGUGAACUAGCAGUAUCAAGCGAACAUAAAGGAUUUUUAACAAUGUUCCAAGAUGUUUCCGGUUUUGGAGCUUGGCAUAGAAGAUGGUGUGUUUUAAGAGGUGAUACUCUAAGUUAUUGGAAAUAUCCGGAUCAAGAAAAAGAAAGAUCACCAAUUGGAUCAAUUAGCUUGAAAAAUUGUAUAACGGAAAACCUUGGACCUGUUAGUAGAGAAAUUUGCGCCCGAAUGAAUACAUUCUUAUUUGAAAUUAUGCGUGAACCGGAAGUUGAUGAUAAAGAAUCUUUAACACUUUAUCAUAAAGAUAACAAAACUGUUAUAAGGCAUCUUUUAUCUGCAGAUACAAAAGAGGAAAGAAUAAAAUGGUGUGAAGCUUUUAAUAAAGCUCUAAUUGCAAUUAGAAUGUGGGGAAAGAAAUAAGUUUCUAUUUUUGUAUUUAUAAUUUUUGUAUUCACAUAAAACCCUAAACUUAAGCAGAUUUAACUAUUUUAACGUGUUUUAAUUCUAGUGUGAUAUAUUCUUAAUUAUUAUUAUCUUAAACAUCAUAAAUUGUAUAUCACUUUUUAAAUGUAUGUUUAUUAUCUAUCUAUGUUAAUACUAAUUAUAUUAUAAACAUUAAUGAUUUAUUGAAUUUAAAUACAGUAUUUUAUCAUUA